UUAAAACCUCCCAUAAAAAAUAAUUAUUUUAUCAUUAAAAUCCUCCAAAUUCUUCAAUCCGUUGAUCUCCAUCAGAAAUUACACGUGUCGUUUCGAUAGAUAUACUUUCCACUGAUCUCCCCUCAUAAUAUAAAGAAUUAAUAAUCCUCCAAAAUCACCAAAGUAAUUCGUUUGAUUGUUGAAAUUAAAAAAAAAAAAAAAAAAGAAAAAAAUUGAUUGAAUUUGAAGAGAUGAUGGAUGCAGAUUACAUAGAGAGCACAGAUUCAUCUUCAAACUCAUCGUCUCAUCUGCAGCUGCCGCCGGGGUUCCGAUUUCAUCCGACGGACGAGGAAUUAGUGGUUCAUUAUCUCACAAGAAAGCUUUCUUCUUCUCCUCUUCCAGCCCCCAUCAUCGCUGAACUUGAUUUGUACAAGUUCGAUCCAUGGGACCUACCAAGUAAAGCGGUGUUUGGGAAGAACGAAUGGUAUUUUUUCACUCCAAGAGAGAGGAAAUACCCAAACGGAGCAAGACCAAAUAGAGCAGCAAUAUCAGGGUAUUGGAAGGCAACAGGAACAGAUAAGCCAAUUAUGAGCUGUAAUGGUAAUGGAAAUGGAACUCAGAAAGUUGGAGUUAAGAAAGCUUUGGUGUUUUAUGGUGGAAGGCCUCCUAAAGGUGUCAAAACCAAUUGGAUAAUGCAUGAAUAUAGGCUCCUCCAUGUUCCUAAUCCUAAUCUCAAGCCUCUCGAUGCUCACACCACAAAUCCAAAACCUUCUCUCAAGCUUGAUGAUUGGGUUUUGUGCCGAAUUUACAUGAAAAAUAUUGCACAAGCAUUGACCAUAGAGCGUGAAAUGGAGGAAUUAUCGAGGGUGGCAGCGGCGGCGGCGAGGCCACUGAAGACGGUGGUCGGAGGCGGGCACAAAGGCAGCGGAAAUUGCUACUUGGACGUGGUGGCCUUAUCAAGCGAAGGCGACGACAUAAUUAAUCAUCAAAACAAUUCAAAUAUCUCGGAAUUACCUUCAUCCAGCUGUAGCUCCAAACGCGGCCUUACAUGUCAGCUUUGGAGCGGCGGCGCAACCGCAUCCAACGACGGCGGAAAGCCACUCCGGCUUGAUCUCAUGAAUAGCUACAGCGGCGGCGCGACUACGGCCGGAACUGAGGAAAAUACAAUCUCAUACAUGUCUCUUCUCAACCAACUGCCGGUGCAAAACGCAGCGUUUCAAUCCGGUGCGCCACUUAUUGGCUCCUUAAACGGCGGCGUUUUGAGGCAACACUUUCAACUUCCUACCAACAUCAACUGGAACUCUUAAUCAAUUUCAGCUAUUAUUGUAAAAUUUCAAAAAAAAAAAAAAAAAAGAAAAAGAAAAAGAAGAAGAUAUAAUUAUAUGACUAGUUUAAAUUAGCAAAUUAGGGGACAAAUUUAGAAAAUUUCAAAAAAAAAAAAGGUAUAAUGUUUAACUUGGGUAGAGAAUAUAAGUUGAUGUAGGGUGGUUAUAUGAUAUAUCUAGAGAUUUUGUGGG